AUGACUUCGAUCCCCACCACCAUGAAAGCCCUCGUCAUCGAGGAGCAAGGUAAAGCCGUGAUCAAAGACCACCCCGUUCCUACUAUCGCCGAGGAUGAAGUUCUGAUCAAGACCGCUGCGGUGGCCCUCAAUCCAACUGACUGGAAGCACAUUUACGGGGCUCAUGUUGUCGUUGGAUCCGUCGUCGGCUGUGACGCCUCCGGGGUCGUCGUUCAAGUGGGCAAGAACGUGACUACCCUCAAAGCCGGCGACAAAGUGACACACAUGACCCAUGGAUCGGCCUUCACCGAGCUCGGUGCCUUUGCAGAAUACGUGAAGGCACCCGCGGACCUGACGUGGGUGAUCCCGGAGAACACCCUCUCGUUCGAAGAAGCGGCCUCCUUCGGUGUCGCGUUCUUGACUGCGGUACAAGUCUUCUAUAACCCGAAGUUCUUGGAUAUCGUCGAGCCGCCCGCCAAGGUCUCUGGAGAAGAGUGGCUUCUCAUCUAUGGCGGUAGCUCCUCGGUCGGUCAGUACGCAAUACAACUUGCCCAUCUCGCAGGCUACAAGGUCGUUUCCACCGCCUCGCCUCGAAACCACGCCCUCGUCAAGGACUUCGGCGCGGACGUCGUCUUUGACUACCGCGACCCGGACGUCGUCGCGAAGAUCAAGGCCGCCACGGGCGACUCGAUCACAAGAGUCCUCGACACCAUCUCAGAGGAAGACACCCAGCGGAUCUGCGCUGCCGCCAUCGCGCCCGCGGGCGGGAAGCUCAACCUCAUACUGCCGCCCAAACCGAGCUCGAUCGCGCGGUCGGACAUCAAAGUCACCUCCUCAUUGCUGUACUCCUCCACCGGGCGGCCGUUGAACUUCGGGCCCGUCCACAUCCCUGCCGCCCCGGAAGACAGAGUCCAGAUCGCGGCGUUCUUGAAGAAGGUCCCGCAGCUCGUCACAGAGCGCAGCGUCAAGCCGAUCACGAUCAAGAGGUGGGAAGGCGGCCUGCCCAUGAUCGUCGACGCGCUACAAUACCUGCGCGAGGGCAAAGCUAGCGCCGAGAAGAUCGUCUUGCGGCUUUGA